AUGAUAAAUGUAUUCAAACCAAUUGUGCAUCGUGAUCUAGUGCCAACUGCCUAUUAUAAUAAUGAAAUCCUACAAUACAAUGGUGUUUCUCCCACAGACACACCUAUACUACCAUUCAACCAAACCAUAGAAGAUUUAAAUAGAGAUGUUUAUGCCAAACCUUUACAUUCUCAUAAUGAUUAUUGGAGAAAGUAUCCGUUAUUUUCAGCAUUGAGUGCAGGUGCAAUUAGUGUUGAAAGUGAUAUUUGGUAUUUCCCACAAACUUAUAAAUUGACAAGAACGAUAACUCCAUCUACAAACAAUAACAAUCAUCAAGGAAACAAGUAUGAUAGUUCAAUCAAUGAAACAUUAAUUUUCAAAAAUGAUGAGAUUUAUGUUGGCCAUAGUCAAGAAUUUUUGAAACCGAUAAAUACAUUAUUUAAUUUAUAUUUGAAUCCAUUAUUCCAAUUUUUACAAUUUGUCAAUCCAAUAUAUGAAAUCAUUGAUAAUAAUAUCAACCCUGAAAAUUCUCAACUGGAACAAAAUUUAUUUACACAAUCUCAACUGGAAAAGAAUAGUGUUUUUUAUAAUAAUCCAGGACAACCACUUUAUUUAUGGUUUGAUUUCAAGACCGAUGCCAAUGCAACUUAUGAUGUAUUAAAACCAUUAUUGAAACCAUUUAUAGAUAAUGGGUAUUUGGCCUAUUAUAAUACAAGCGACGACAAGUAUUAUUCUGGUCCAUUAAUCUUAACAAUCACCGGUAACUUGCCUAUAGAAAAAGUAACUAAUGAAAAAAUAAGAUAUUUGUUCUUAGAUGGCCCAUUAGAUAAGUUUACAAUUGAUAAUAACAAUACAAAUAUAGAUGAAUUGAAAAAAUGGUCAAAAUUAUCUCGUGUGGCAAGUGGUUCUUUAGAGAAAAUUUUGGGGUCAGAGUCAUAUUCAACCAGUACCAAAACUAAUUUUAAUGAACAACAGAAAUCACAAUUGAAACAAGUACUUGAUUUGGCACAUGAAUAUGGAUUAAAAACAAGAAUUUGGGGUGACAUAACUUGGCCUUGGAACGUUUUAGAUCUGCAUUUGAAAUCUUUGUUUGAAUUAGGUUCCGAUUUGUUAAACGUUGACGAUUUGGAAAGGGCACUGGAGUUGUUUUCACAAUAA